AAAAAGUAAUUCCAGCUAGAUUAACCUCGACCCUAGCCUCGGAUUCAUCUGUCCUUCACCUCCCGAGACCCGAAAAAGCAAUAACUCUCAUCAUAGGUUUUUCAUUUUUUCCUCGAUAUCUGUAUUCUAAAAAGGGGUGCUGACACACACGAUGAGUUCUACCAAGAAAAAAAUACCAUGAGCUACUUUAUAGUCUCAAGUUAGAGGGAAAAAAAGAAUUGUUGUUAAUAAAUCUAGAAUUCUUUUUUGGAGAGCCAAAAUAGGAUCUUUAAUUCAUCCAUUAAAACUUUGAAGUGUCAAAUUAAUGUAUGAGUAUACGUUUUACUAUAUUCUUUAGGUUGAAUUAUACUCUUAUAGAUUUUAGGCAUUAAACCUGAAGUUUUUCAUGGUUUGGGGGUUAAUUUUAAAAUAUUGAUGAGUUCUAGUGAAACUCACACCAUAUAUGAAAAAGGAAUAAAAGGAAAAAAAAAAAAGGGCACACACAAAGGCAAGCAGUGCUUCAAAAUACGCCAUUGAAAUGGUAAUAGGCUGCCCAAAGUUUGAAUGGUCUUCAAUCCUUAGAAGCCCAGUUACAUAACUCCUAUCCUUGGGCCGGUCUUCUAGUAAUGGGUUCCUUUGUGCCCCCUCUUUGAACUUCAUAAGGUGGUAAAAGUACAACAUUUCUACUCGUAACAGAAAAUAUAGCCGUUAAUCAAGUAUAGCAAAAGAAGUCCUUUAUAUAUUUUUGAACUUUCUUGUUGCCAAAAUUUAAGUUUUCAAAGUACUCGAGAGGGAGAAAAAACAAAAGGAAAAAAAAAAAAAUGAUGGGUAAAAAUCAUCAUCCAAUAUAUGACUAACACCUGACAUCUUUCAUUCGUAAGAAAAACUUUGCAUUACGCAAAUAUAGUCGGAAUUUGCCACUCUGAGACACUCCAGUAAACUUGCUCCAGUCUCAACCUCUGAGUCUCAGCAUAUCUUCAAAAGCAUUGUCGUAAACUUGAAGAUAUGCUGAGACUCAGAGGUUGAGACUCAGAGGUGGUAUCAUAUUAGUGAGACUACAGUUUACCACGUGGACUUCUAUUACUGGUCUAUUGUACCACUAUUGAACUUUAUAUUUCUCCGGGGGAAGAACCCAUAUAAAGAACCCAAACCCAUUCUUUAAAUCAAGAAACACGUUCUUUUUCAAACUUCCUGUUGCCACCAAUUGUAAUUACAUUUCUUCUGUUAUAGAGAAAUUACUUCAAUUUUCUAUCUUGAUUUUUAAAAAGAAAGGCUCCAUUUUGUUUCACUGAGAUUGAAUUUGAAGUUCUACGUAAAGGGUUUAUCUUGUUCUGAUCUCUGCAAUUCAAGAAUUGGGAUUGGGUUGUUUGCUUCAAAUACUUGGUCUUGAAAGAAGGCUCUGUUUCCUUUUCUUAAUAUCGAACAUUCAUUUCGGUUUCUUUGAAGAGAUUCUUUAAAGAGAAAGGUUCAACUUUGUGAUAUUCUCUCAAUCUUUGCAACUGACUGCAACCGUUCAAGAAUUUAGAGUACUGCGAUUUAUUAGGUUGUUUGCGUCGAAUUCUUGAUCUGGUUCUUGAUCUUGAAAGAAAGAGUUAUGGAACUAGCAAAACAUGUGGGGCCACCAUCUUUUAAACCUAAGAGUAUCAUUGAGAUUCUUGGAGACGAUCUUGUUCUUCGCAUCUUUAAUUUUCUAACGUUUCAAGAACUUUCUGAAAUUAGGAACUUAUCAAAGCACUGGAGAAAGUUAUAUAAUUCUGUUCCAAAGAUAAGAAUAGAUUCAAGAGAUAUAGGAGAAGAUAGACGCGGGUGGCUUGCUAAUUUGAUGCAUAUGCAUUGGGAGAGCCGCCCGGAUACGAAGAGGGUGGAAGAUUUUGAUGUAUAUUGGUUAUUCAGUGCUGAUAAUGACAUUUACGAGAGAGAAAGAUACCACCUGCGAAGUUGGAUACGAGAAGCUGCGAGAUGUAAUGUCCGUGUGAUCAAUCUUGAUCUCCACUAUCGUGAUGAUGCAUUUCAAACAAUAUUUGCCUUCCAGAUUGAUGAUGCCUAUCCAUGCCGUAAACUUGAAAAUCUUUCUUUGAGCUGGGUUCAGCUCCUACUGCCAACUACUGGUUUCUAUUCUCUUCAGGUUUUACAACUGAUAGGGGUUAUUGUUUCAGUCGAUAACAUUGGAGAAUGGAUCUCAGACAAUUGCAAAAGAUUAAAGGAACUGAAACUUGUAUGUGUUACCGGGGCACGAUUAAGAUUACUUAAUCUUACUAGUUCAUCGCUUGAAAAGCUGCAAAUAUAUAACUUUGAAGAAGAUCAUCUUUGUCAUAUCAGCAUUUCUUGUGGGAAACUUCAUUUCCUGUUUCUUGAAUUUAGCAGCAACUCCAAUGAUACUUCCUUACAAAUUUGUGCACCAAAUCUUUAUACCUUGAUACUUGGCGGAGACAUUUUUCGUAACUAUACCCUUGAAGAGUUCAGCAAUCUGCAGAUUGCCAGCAUCUAUGAAGGAACGAAUCCUUUCCAUCGAGCUGAGAGAGGAGCAAUAAUGGACAGAAAUCUGACAGAAAUUCUUCGUAGUGUUCGACAGACCAGAGGCCUCAUCUCAGACGAAAAGUUUCUUAGGCCUAUACUGGAAGAUAAUCUAACACUUCCAACAUUCUGCAAUGCACUCGUUCUAUGUCUUCGCUAUGCACAGAACUUCCCAACACUUGUGUCCUUUCUGAGGGUAUUCCCCAAUCUGAUGUCUGUGGAAAUCAUAUCUGACGAGUUGAUGGACAAACAAAGUGCUUUUCCGAUAAGUGAAACCAUAAAAUCUGGAGUUCGACAAGUCAUUCGUCACUCAGAGAAAGUGGAGAUAAAUGUUUCUGGAAAUAUCUUUUAUACGUAAAGGCGGACCAGGAAGCUGAACCAUAUACAUUAGUCAAUCUUGCAUAGCGAAUUGGAAUUAAAACACUCUUCAGACUAAGCAUUUCAGUAUAUACAUGAGCUUUUCAGUAUUAACCAUAUAGGCUUGUGAAGUUCAAUGUAGUUUCAAUAUGAGGCUGUAUUCUGACCGAGUUAUGCCUUAUUAAAGUGAGAACUUAUUACAAGGUGCUUAUGCACCAACUUAUUCAAUUAAUUCAUUAAUGAAAUGACAUUGUGUACUCAUCCAGUAUGAAAUCAUAACAUUUAAUCUGAUUUUUAUAUAUCAAGCCUUAUUUCUAAAAUUAAUAAAUCAUCAAAACAAUGCAUAUCUAAAAUAAA